AUGGUAGUGAAUAAAUUCUACGGAUUCCGCUACCGUUACAUGAAAAACUCGUCGGUUGACGGAAAUACCGGCGAAUUGACUGGUUUCUCAUAGAGGCAGUUUGGGUAUAAAAAUGAAUGGAAUACCUCAAAUUCAACAUUCUACUCAAGACUCGAAAGAAAACUUGAGAAGAUGUCGCUUUGGGAUCCCGAGGCAGCUGGCAAUGCCGCCAACUAUCUUCGACUUCCUGACAAGGAAAUGCUGGAGAUCCGAAACCAGCCAUUCGAGGGUGCUAAAGCCGUCUGGGUUCCAUUCGCUGAUACUGGCUACUGCAAAGGCGAAUUGAUCGGUGAUGAGAAGGAUCUCAAGCAAGAACUUAUUGAGAAGCAGAACCCUCCAAAAUACGAGCUUCUUGAAGAUUUGGCCAACAUGACUUACCUUUCCGAAGCUUCCGUUGUCUACAACUUGGACGAGCGAUACCGACGAUUCUUGAUCUACACCUACUCCGGUCUCUUCUGUGUCACUGUCAACCCCUACAAAUGGCUUCCCGUUUAUGACAACCACGUUGUCGGCUGCUACAAGGGCAAGAGAAAGUCUGAAAUGCCUCCUCACAUUUUCUCUAUCUCCGAUAACGCCUACAACGAUAUGUUGCGAGAGCGACACAACCAGUCCAUGUUGAUCACUGGUGAGUCCGGAGCUGGUAAAACUGUCAACACCAAGCGAGUCAUCCAGUACUUCGCCGUCGUUGCUGCCCUCGGUGCCUCUGGUAAAGUCGGUGAUGCUGCUGAUGAGGGACCAUCGCUCAAGGGUGGUGGAACUCUUGAAGAUCAGAUUGUCGCUGCCAACCCCGCUAUGGAGGCUUUCGACGCCGCCGAAGCCGCCAAGAAGGGUGGCGGAGGAAAAGGUGGCAAGCGACAGAAGGGUGGUUCUUUCCAGACUGUCUCUGGUCUCCAUCGAGAAUCUCUCGGUCGCUUGAUGGCCAACCUUCGAUCUACUCAGCCUCAUUUCGUCCGUUGCAUCAUUCCCAACGAGAAGAAGAAGCCCGGUUUCAUGGACUGGAACCUUGUUCUCCAUCAGCUUCGAUGUAACGGUGUCUUGGAAGGUAUUCGAAUUUGUCGAAAGGGUUUCCCUUCCCGAGUCCAGUACGAAGAAUUCGCCAAGCGAUACGUCAUUCUUCAUGCCGAAGCCAAGAAAGACCAAGAAUUCUGCGACUGGAAAGCGAUGUCUAAGGAAAUCUGCGCCGGUAUCGCCCUUGAUGAAGCCAAGCACAAGUUCGGUCACACUAAACUCUUCUUCAAAGCCGGUGUUAUUGGUGACUUGGAAGAUGAGCGAGACGAAAAGAUUGCUAAGAUCCUUACUUCUCUCCAGUCUUACAUGAGAUAUCGACUCGCCGAGCGAACUUACGCUGAGAUGGUCAAGCGACGAGACUGUAUCGAACUCAUUCAGGGCAACAUCCGAGCCUUCCAGUAUUUGAAAGAUUGGGAAUGGAUGAAGAUCAUCUUCAAGAUCAAGCCUCUCAUCUCUCAGGCCGAGGAGGGCAAGAAGAUGCAGGAGCUUGAGAAGAAUUACGAAGAGGUCAAAACCAAGCUCGAAAAGGAGAAAAAGCGACGAAUCGAGCUCGAAGAGCAGGCCGUUUCAUUCGAACAAGAAAGAAACGAGCUUAUGCAAAAGUCUGAAGCUCAGAACGCAUUGCUUGAUGAUGCUGAAGGUCGAUGCGAAGAACUUAUCGCCGCCAAGAUCGAACUCGAUGGUAAGAUUCGAGAUCUUCAGGAGCGACUUGAAGACGAAGAAGAAAUGAACAACGAGCUCGUCGCUAAGAAGCGAAAGCUCGAAGAUGAGUCCUCCGAGCUCAAGAAGGACAUUGAUGAUCUUGAACUUACUCUUGCCAAGAUCGAGAAAGAAAAACACGCCACUGAAAACAAAGUGAAGAACGUCACCGAAGAGCUUGCUACCAUCAACGAAAAUAUCCACAAACUUGAGAAGGAGAAGAAGGCUCUUCAGGAAGCCCACAAGCAAACCCUUGGAGAUCUCCAAAGUGAAGAAGAAAAGGUCGUUACCCUCACCAAGUCUAAGGGCAAACUCGAACAGCAAGUCGAUGAUCUCGAAAUUGGCCUUGAAUCUGAAAAGAAGGCUCGAAUGGAUCUCGAGCGAGGUAAACGAAAGCUCGAAGGAGACAUCCGACUUUCUCAGGAGCAGAUCAUGGAUCUCGAAAACGAUAAGGCUGGCCAGGAAGAAAAACUGAAGAAGUCUGAGUUUGACUUCACCCAGCUCAAUGCCAAACUUGAAGAUGAAAGCGCCCUUGUUGGUCAGCUCCAGAAGAAAAUUAAGGAACUUCAAGGCCGAUCAGAAGAAGUCGAAGAAGAGCUUGAGUCUGAGCGAGGUUCUCGUGCUCGAUCUGAAAAGACUCGAGCUGAUCUCUCCCGAGAGCUCGAAGAACUCGCUGAGCGACUUGAAGAGGCUGGUUCCAAUACUCAGGCUCAGAUUGAGGUCGCCAAGCGACGAGAUGCCGAAGCUGCAAAGGUCCGACGAGAACUGGAAGAAGCAACUCUCAACCACGAAUCGACUAUCUCCAACAUUCGUAAGAAGCAAGGUGACCAAUCUAGCAGCCUCAAUGAGCAGAUCGAAAACCUCAACCGAGUCAAGCAAAAGCUCGAGAAGGAAAAAUCCGAGGCUAAACUUGAAGUCGAUGAGCUCCACGUCAACGUUGAAUCAUUGACCAAGUCUAAGCUCAAUUACGAAAAACAGACCCGAAACCUCGAAGAUAGCAUCGCCGAUCUCAAGAUGAAGCUCGAAGAAGGCGCUGCUCAGCUUUCUGAGUCUCAGGGCGACUGCGGAAAGAUGACUAUGGAGAUCAAUGAAAUUCGUCGACACAUUGAAGAAAAAGACACCGUCAACUCUCAACUCGUCCGAAACAAAAACUCUCUUUCUCAGACUCACGACGAGCUCAAGCGACAAUGCGAUGAAGAGGGCAAGACUAAGAACGCUCUUGCUCAUCAGCUCCAGGCUCAGCGACACGAUACUGAUAUGCUCCGCGAACACAUGGAAGAGGAGCAGGAGUCUAAGCAAGAACUCCAGCGUAACUUGACUAAAUCCAACAACGAGUGCGUCCAGUGGCGAAACAAGUAUGAGACUGAUGCUAUUCAGCGAACUGAAGAGCUCGAAGAGGCUAAGAAGAAGCUAGUCGCGCGACUCCAGGAGUCCGAAGAACAGGUUGAGGCAGCUCAAGGACGAUGCGGUUCCCUCGAAAAGACCAAGACCCGACUUCAGGGCGAAGUUGAAGAUCUUUCUGCUGAUUUGGAGCGAUCUAACGCCGCCGCCGCUCAACUCGACAAGAAACAGCGAAACUUCGACAAGCUCCUGUCCGAAGCUAAACAAAAGCAGGAAGAAGCCGCCGUUGAACUCGAAAUUGCGCAAAAGGAAGUUCGAUCUCAGCAGAGUGAGCUCUUCAAGCUCAAGAACUCUACUGAAGAGGCCGUUGAUCACCUCGAAUCUAUCCGACGAGAGAACAAGAACCUUGCCGAGGAAGUUCAAGAGCUCGUUGACCAGCUCCAGGAAGGAUCCAAGACCAUCCACGAACUCGAAAAGAGCAAGCGAAUCGCUGACCAAGAACGAUCUGAUAUCCAGGGUACUCUUGAGGAAGCUGAAGCUGCUAUCGAAACCGAAGAAGCCAAGACCCUCCGAGUUUCUGUUGAGCUCCAGCAGCUCAAGCAAGAGAUCGACCGACGAAUCAGCGAGAAGGAUGAGGAAAUCGACAGUUCCCGACGAAACGCCGCCCGAGCUGUUGAGCAGAUUCAAGCCUCCCUUGAUAAUGAGAUGCGAGCCCGAGGAGAAGCUAUCCGAGCUCGAAAGAAGAUGGAAUCCGAUCUUAACGACCUCGAAGUUUCCCUUGCUACUUCCACUCGACAGGCUAACGAUGCCCAGAAGAACACCAAGGAUCUUAUGUUGCAGCUCAAGGACUUGAAUCAGCGACUUGAUGACAGCCAGCGAAGCACCGAGGAUAUGCGAGAGCAGUCUGCUGUUUGCGAACGACGAGUUGGUCUCAUGACAACUGAAAUUGAAGAGCUCCGAAACGGACUUGAACAGGCUGAGCGAACGCGAAAGCAGGCUGAGAACGAUUUGAUGGAAGCCAACGAGCGAUCCAACAUGCUCCACACCCAGAACGGCGCUUUCAUCAACCAGAAGCGAAAGAUCGAAUCCGAACUUCACGGCGUCAAGAAUGAAGUCGAAGAAGCUAUCGGUGAAGCUCGAUCUGCUGAAGAUGCCGCCAAAAAGGCUCUUACUACCGCUGCUCUCCUGUCCGAGGAUUUGAAGAAGGAGCAGGAUCAGUCCCAGCAUCUUGACCGAAUGAAGAAGAAUCAGGAGAACUCCCUCAAGGAUCUUCAGAUGCGACUUGACGAAGCCGAGCAGGUCGCUCUCAAGGGCGGUAAGAAGGCCGUCCAGCGAUUGGAGAACAAGUGCCGAGAAGUUGAGAUGGAACUCGAAGCCGAACAGAGACGAACUUCCGAUAACACCAAGGUCAUCCGAAAGCUCGAGCGAAAGUACAAAGAAGCCCUCUACGCUAACGAUGAAGACAAGAAGAACCUCCAGCGACUCUCUGACAGCAUCGACAAGCUCAACUCCAAGGCCAAGUCUUACAAAAAGUCUGCUGAAGACGCCACUGAGUCCGCUUCCUCCGCCAUGUCUCGAUACCGAAAGGUUCAGCACGAACUCGACGAAGCAAACGAGCGAGCUGAGAUGGCCGAAUCUGCUGUCAACAAGGCUCGAUCCAAGGCUCUUGAGUCCAAGUAA